UUUCAGAGCUUCUUCACAAGAAAACUUCGUUAUUGGAAUUGUAUCAAGGCGUAUUGCUGACUGUUUGAAUCGAAGAAUGGUCGGCGGCGGUCGAACAGGCAUACACUUGCUUCUUGGAUUCCUUAUAGGUGCCGCUCUCGCGCUCUUCUUCUUUUCAUCCACACCAAGUAUAGACUUGACCAGCUCAUUGGCUGCAUUUACAUCAUGUCAGAAUCAAGAAACAGAAACGAAUGUUCUUGAACCAUCGGCACUGGAGAAAGGGCGAGUAUAUAAAGAUUUAUCUGAGCAUUGGAUUGUUCACCAAGACGAUAUGCCAGCGCCUCCUCAUAAUCAAGACGCUACUCCAAAGGUUACAAGAACUCGAUUUGCAGCCACUGAACUCGGUACACGUGAACGAGUUAUGGCCGCAGUGAUGGCUGAGUCUGCAUUGGCUCUUUCUAUUAAUGCAACUCUUGGGCGCCAUGUUCCACGUGUACAUUUGUUUGCUGACUCUUCAAGAAUCGACAAUGACUUGGCCCAGUUAACCAAUUUGAGUCCAUAUAAACUAAACGGACAAAAGACGCAUUCGAUGGUUUUGGGUCUCCUUUUCAAUAUGAAUCAAUUAUAAUUGUCAAUUGAAUGUUUUUCAACAGUCCACAACAACUAUGACUGGUUUCUACUUGCCAAAGAUUCGACGUAUAUCAACCCAUUCGUUUUGCUCAGAAUGAUUGAUACGAUGAAUUGGAAUGAACCAGUUGUGAUGGGUGAAGCAGCUGAAGAUGGAAGUGGACGAUGCCGAUUGGAUACUGGAAUGUUGCUCAGUCAGCCAGCAAUGCAUGCUCUGAUGAACAAUCGGAAUGCUUGCAACAAUUUCGCACUGGCAGCCGAUGACGAUCAACUCGCAUUUGAAAAGUGCAUUCAAAUCGCAACAAAUUUGACAUGUAAGCCGCUUCAUCAAGGAGUUCGUUAUGAAGUUUGGCGAGGAGCCGAGAGAGCUGAUUCGCCAGCUGCUCAUGACUCGAUUGAGGACUGGAAACAUUCACCAGCAUUUAAGAGAGCUCUUGCUGUGCCAAGAUUACUUUCUGAUGCAGAUGCAUCUGCACUUCAUGAUUAUUUCGUUCGAGUUGAAAUGCAAAGAGCUGAUCGAGAAAUUAUCAAAAUGGAAGCUGAACUUUCUCGUCUGGCUGAGCAAGAAGCUCGUGAAACAGGAGAAGCUAUCAGCUGGCCACCAGCACUUCCACCGUAUGCAAAACCACCAAAUCGGUAUCAAGUUUCGACUUGGGAGUACUUUACGAUGACUGAACUCUUUCGAAGUGAACCUAAUCAAAAUGUUCGACGUCUUGAAGGAAAAGAUUUCGAUGAUGUUGCUGAAGUUGUGGUGGCUGCUCGGCAGCAAGUUGAAUCAGAAGAACCAGAGCUUGAAUUUGUUCAAUUGAGAAAUGGAUAUCGAGUUUUUGAUCCACGGAGAGGAAUGGAUUAUAUGGUUGAUUUGACAUAUCGAAAGACUGUCAAUGAAAUGCCUGAAGUUGAUAAUCGAUUUGAAAGUGAUAAUGAGGCUGCACAUGAGGAAAGUCUCAAAGAGAUUGUUGUGGAAAGAAGAGUGCACGUUAGUCGAAUGAUUGCAAGUACGCAGCUUAUGAACCAGGCACCAUAUGUGAAAGAAGACACAGAUGUCACUGUCGUUAUUCCAGUUGCUAGUGAAAAAGACGUUCUCCCAGCCCGGAAACUUCUUGCCAGACAAGCUCGCCUCUGUCUCUUCCCCACAGAAGAAGCCCGUAAAACUCGAAUGGUUGUAGCCGUUUUCCCAUUAAUCGAAUCUCGUUCAGUGACUGCUAUCACUAAUGAUAUGGAAGAAUUAAAGCGACGAUGCAAGCGAUCACUUUUGGAAACAGAUGUUCUUCCAGUACAUCCUGCUGUUAGUACAGAAGGAAAGGGAACAGCUGCUGCUGCUGCGUUGGAUGAUGCUGUGGAUCGAUACGGAGCCAAUACAAUCUAUCUUCUACUUUCUCCACAUGCAGAUGUUCAAAAAGAGUUCUUUGAUCGAGCUCGUAUCAAUACGAUUAAACAUUAUCAAGUUUUCUUCCCAGUUCCAUUUGUUGAAUAUCAUCCGACAAUCUCUGGAAUGGAAAUGACAGAAAAAGAAGAAAAAGAGACGCCGACAGAACAAGCUCGUGAAGCUGCUUUAUCACGAUUAAGAGAUGGAGUUGAACCAAAAAGGAAAAGAACAUUGAUUGUACAAAAAGAACAUGGACGAUUUGAUUCUCAAGAUUUCUCUUGUUUCGCCGUUUAUGGUGUGGAUUAUGUGACAGCAAGAGCUAAAUUCGGUCAAAAUGAGAGACGGAACGACUUGAUUUCUGCGUUCUUGGGACAAGAUUCUAUACAUGUACUUAGGGCUGUUGAGCCAACUCUCCGAAUUCGAUAUCACAAAAGAAGCUGUGACAUGGAAAGCAUCGACACCGAAGAUAUCGCUCGUUGCCUGGACAGUAAAAAGGAAAACGUGGCGGCGAAGGAUCAGUUGGCAAAAUUGUUAUUCCACGAAAAAUGAACACCCUUCUACUCCCAACUUGUCCAUGAUAUUUCUGCAAAUACGGUUUCCUAUUUUCCCUUUCUCACCUUCCUAUUGCACUACAAUUUUCACUUUGCCCUCUUGCUCCGAGCAUAACAUUUUCUUUUCAUGUGAAUACGAUAAUCCCGGCGGUUUUUCAUUAAAUAAUUUUUAGCCCGCUUGCCACAACCCGAUGCUUUAUCCCCGUCGUCAAAUAAUUCAUUUUUUACAGUUUAUGUUAAAUUGUGCCACAUUUUUUAAUUCACUAAACAAAGUACAUACUAUCUCGACCCGUCCACUUUUUCUAUAAUUUAUGAAUAUCUGUGAUUUUUAAUCAUAAAUUUUUGUUUUGA